AUGGCGGCAUCUCUGUUCACAUACUCCUCAACCUCUCGAAGAGUCGUUCCUGCCCCAAACUCUCCUCCACUUCCAAUUCACAUCAAGGCAACCAAUGUCGUCUUCAACCCUGACAUUCCAGAGGUUCAUCGAGGUCUUGGACUCGAUGAUUUCGUCAAUUUCUUGGCUUCUUGCCGCCUUCGAUAUGCAAUCAGUGAUGUACCGUCCGAGUUCUUCCCUGAACAAACAUCUGUCUUCAUCACCGCAGAACUACUCAGUGCUGCUUUAAGGUUACCAAUUUUCGAACCCUUUUCUGAACCUCCAACUAUUGAAAGAUGUAAACGAAUAUUUGAUCAACUGGGCUAUGAUCAUUCAAAGGCUGGUACUCGAUCAGCUCUUAUUUUGCGUCAGUGCAUGACCCCAGGCUGGAAGUUUUUCACUGGUGCUUUAUGCAAGUGUGUGGGUCACAAGUCUCGCAGUGGUGAUCAAUUGAGCAAUUAUGAGCAACAAGUCGUCUGCUCCCUUCUUCUCAACAAAAGAUUAGAUUAUGGGGCACUAUUCUUUGAUCAGCUUGUUCAGCUUCUACGUGAAAAUGUGUGUGCUGAUCAUGUUCCCUUUCCACGCUGGAUUGCCCUGGUGUUCGACAAAUUCUUCGCUGCUGACUACUUUUCUCACUCUGGGAAUCCAAUCCAAUGCCCUCGAAUGUCCGUUCGUAUGUAUCAGGAUGAUCCUUUGGAUACUGACAUUGGAAUCUCCGAUAGGAUGAGAGAAUGGAUUGCCAAUCCAUACACUAUGCCUUCUCUCACCGCUGACACUGAUGAAGGAGGUGCUGAUGGUAAUCGUAUGGAUCGUGCUGAUCAAGAGGUGGAACAUCAUGAUGGCGGCCAUUUCUCCCCUCAACUUUCUCAUCACCUCAUCUCGGCCACUGGCAAAGCCUCCUCAGCACCACAGGAUUCCAUGCCUCUGGGGGAGCAACCAUCACAGGGGGAGCAUCAGUCUCAGGGGGAGCAUCCAUCACCAGCAGCUCACCACUUCUCUCCAAGGAUGCAACCUAGCUCUCCAGUUGCCCCAGGGGGAGAUACUGAUGAUGAUGCUGAUGCUGAUGAUCAUGCUGAUGGUGAACCAAAUGCUCAUGCUGAUGGUGAACCAAAUGAGAAAGACACAGAACCUGCUGACAACACUAUCUUUCAGCAUGAAUCACCCAACCCCAUUCCUGAAUCUGAUUCUGCGGGGCAUAAUAGUCCAGCAGCUACUGAAAAAUUGUUUGAAGACAGUGAGCAUGAUGAACCUGAUGAUGAAUGUCAAAUUCUUGACAUGAACUUCAUUGAUCCUCUCAUUCCAGUUCAGCAAGAAAGCUUAGAUGACCUUGAAGAAUCUCAUCCGAUAUUAGCCGAUCCUAUUGCUGAUCCCAUCAUUCCGGUCCAAGGAGAGGAUUCGGACAUUGCAGUGAAGAAUCUCAUCCGCUGUCUCGAAAGUGGAAGGUAG